AUGGACAAAGCACGGCCCCUCUGGCGCGCGAUCAUCGAACAAGCUUCCUCCCAACGGGCCUCUCGAACCAUCACCACAAAGACCACCACCGUCCACCCACAACCCUUCAUCUGCACCCACUGCAUACGCCAGAACCCAUCCCUCCGCCCCUCCUCCAUCCUCCGCUCGCUGCGCCAACAGGGUCAACGCCAACGCCGCCACCAAUCCACCCAACCCGGCGACCAACCCGCUUUCACCUCCAUAGUCGACAAUCCACCCCAACUAAUCCGCAGCGGCCGCCGUCACAAACCCUGGGGCCUCCUCGUCCUCGCCACAAUCCCCGUCACUGCCUUCAUCCUCGGCUGCUGGCAAGUCCAACGUCUCACGUGGAAAACAGACCUAAUCGCAAAGUUCGAAGAUCGACUAGUCAAGCAGCCCUUACCACUCCCGCCGCAGAUCGACCCAGAGGCUGUGAAGGAGUUUGAUUAUAGAAGAGUCUAUGCGAGGGGAGUCUUCAAACAUGAUCGGGAAAUGUUGAUAGGGCCUCGGAUGCAUGAUGGGAACGACGGAUACUUGGUCAUAACGCCCUUUGAACAAGAGGGAAAUGGAAAUGGAAAUACCACAAUCCUCGUAAACCGCGGCUGGAUCCCUAAAUCUAAGGCCUCCCAAUCCGUUCGGAAGGCUUCUGGCGCGUUGCCUGAGGGUGAGGUCGUGGUGGAAGGGUUGUUACGAGAGCCGUGGAAGAAGAAUAUGUUCACACCGGAAAAUAAACCGCAAGAGGGGAAGUGGUAUUUCCCGGAUGUGUAUCAGAUGGCGAAACAUACGGGCAGCCAGCCGGUGUGGAUUGAGGAGACGAUGAAGCCGGAUUUGUUGGUCAGUUAUGAUAGGGAGGCGAGGGGCGUGCCGAUUGGGAGGAGUGCGGAGGUGAAUUUGAGGAAUAAUCAUACACAGUAUAUCUUUACGUGGUUCUCGUUGAGCUUGGCGACGAGUAUCAUGUUGUGGAUGGUGUUGAAAAAGCCUGCUGGCGGUGUGUCGAGGAGGAUUAGGCAAAAUAAGGAAUGGUAG